AUGGAGUCAUACAAAAUACACAAUGAAGAAGAGAUAGAUUAUCAAUCAGCAUUUACAGGAUAUCAAGAAGGAGAUGAACCACUGUUAAAAGAACUAGGAAUAGAUUUUAGCGUAAUAAAAACUGAAAGUUUGUUAGUAUUUAAAGGACUCAAUAGUUCAUCAACAGCAGAUGCACUAAACAGUAACGACAUAAUAGGACCACUGCUAUACAUCUUAGCAUAUUCAUUUAUUUUAACUUUAAAUUGGAAAAUUCACUUUAGUUCAAUCUAUCUAGUAAGUGUAUUGUUUUAUACAUUCACUUACAUUCUACUGUUUCUUAUAAACACCAGUACUAAUCACAUUCAAUUAACACAAUGUAUUAAUGUAAUAGGAUAUUGUUUUUUACCGAUAGUUCUAUUUACCUUUUUAAAAACAGCUUUAUUUUUUCUACCUAAGAAGCUUCUAAUAAUAGUGGGUAUAACAGCUUCAUUAUGGAGUGCAUUUGUAUCAGCACAGGUAUUUUGUAGGUUAUUGAAAUUGUCUGAUAAAACCCUCAUAAUUACAUAUCCUUUAUUCAUAGGGUAUCUUUAUUAUGUGAUUAUUGCAGUCUAUUAA